AUGGUCGCGCCACCAAUCGCCGCCGGGGCAUACCAAGAGCUUCUGCCGGCGGUGCCGGACUGGCUCAACAAAGGCGACAAUGCGUGGCAACUGACGGCCGCAACCUUAGUCGGGCUCCAGAGCAUGCCGGGCUUAGUGAUCCUUUACGCCAGCAUAGUCAAGAAGAAAUGGGCCGUCAACUCGGCAUUCAUGGCUUUAUAUGCUUUCGCCGCCGUACUCAUAUGCUGGGUACUCCUCUGCUACCGGCUAGCCUUCGGCGACAAACUUCUACCCUUUUGGGGAAAAGGAGCUCCGGCUCUAGGCCAGAAGUUUCUCCUCAGGAGAGCCGCCGUUCCGGCGAGCACCCACUAUUACGCCGACGGGUCCACGGUGGAGACGCCCAUGAUCCGGCCUUUCUACCCCAUGGCGUCGCUGGUGUACUUCCAGUUCACUUUUGCGGCGAUCACGACGAUUCUGGUGGCGGGGUCGGUGCUUGGGAGGAUGAAUAUUAAGGCUUGGAUGGCUUUUGUGCCGCUGUGGCUGGUGUUUUGUUAUACUGUGGGUGCUUUCAGCCUAUGGGGUGGCGGCUUCCUCUUCCAGUGGGGGGUCAUUGAUUUUUCCGGUGGUUAUGUUAUCCACCUUGCUUCUGGAAUUUCCGGCUUCACUGCUGCUUACUGGGUUGGACCAAGAUUGAAGAGUGACAGGGAGAGGUUCCCUCCGAACAAUGUGUUAUUGAUGCUUGCCGGAGCAGGGCUUCUGUGGAUGGGAUGGUCGGGUUUCAACGGCGGUGCUCCAUACGCUGCCAACAUCGAUGCAUCAAUUGCAGUAGUCAACACUAACAUCUGCGCCGCAACGAGUCUGCUGGUGUGGACCUCCCUUGAUGUGGUGUAUUUCGGGAAACCAUCAGUUAUUGGAGCUGUUCAAGGCAUGAUGACUGGUCUCGCCUGCAUUACCCCCGGUGCAGGUCUAGUCCAAGGAUGGGCAGCACUUGUAAUGGGAAUUGCAUCUGGAACUAUUCCUUGGUACACUAUGAUGAGUUUGAGCAGGAAACUCACCAUUCUACAAAAGAUAGACGACACUCUCGGCGUUUUCCAUACCCAUGCAGUUGCCGGAACUCUGGGAGGGGCUCUCACUGGCCUAUUUGCCCAUCCAAGCCUUUGCAGCUUGUUUUUAGCAGUCCCAGAUUCCAAAGGGGCUUUCUAUGGAAGCAAAGGAGGAGUCCAAUUCCUAAAGCAGUUGGUUGGCGCAAGCUUCAUCAUUGGUUGGAAUGUCGUCGUUACUUCUAUAAUUCUACUGGUAAUUAGGGUUUUAAUGCCGCUUCGAAUGUCUGAAGAAGAACUGAGGAUUGGAGAUGAUGCAGCUCAUGGUGAAGAGGCAUAUGCUCUUGCCGGACAGGGACAAAAGGAGAAAACUAUACACAAUGGUGGUUUUCAAAUGCAGCAAUAUCUAGAUGGCCAUAUUCCCUAA